AAUAAAUACGAGUGGAGAGCUCGUCAUCAGUGUGGCAUCAUUCUUAAUGGAAAUUAUACCUGUAGGACUCCGUCACCACUACACACAUUUUUCAUUAAUCAAUAAUUUCCCCUCAUUUUCUUUCUUUCUGUCUUUCUUUCAAUAAAUUUGUUUUCCAUCCUGCCUCUGUUGUACCAAAAUUUAAAGAUGAUGUUAAUGACGAAUAAGAUGGUACGACGAGCAUUUGCGGCACUGAUGUAUUUGCUGAUGUCAUCACUGGCGAAGGUGGAGGCGAUGAUGCGAAGACGGAGACAAAGGCAGAGUGAUAAUGAUAACAACGACAGUUAUUGCUUGAGCUGGAGGUUAGGAGUGGAGGCGAACAAUGUGCGGUCGUGGAGGACAGUGCCACUGGAAUGCUACAAUCACGUGCAGCAGUACAUGACUGGUGGUCAGUACCUGCAGGAUAUGAACCUCAUCGUUAACCAAAUUUCUUACUACCAGGGACACCGAUUCGGAUGUGAUCCAUUUGAUUCAGCAAAAUUCAAGGCAUGGAUUAUGAAGGGAAGGUGUCCAGCAAAUCCUGCCGUAUUACAAUUGUUCAAGACACUGAAAGAGAGAGGAUUCAAGGUAUUCUUGCUAACUGGAAGAGACCAAGCAACACUUGGUAAAAUUACCAUUGACAACUUGCAUAACCAAGGUUUCAUUGGCUAUGAACGUCUUAUUUUGAGGACGGCAGAAUACAAAGGGCAAAGUGCAGUGAGAUACAAGUCAGCAAUUAGGAAGGAGAUUGAAGGACAAGGUUACAGGAUAUGGGGCAAUGUUGGAGACCAGUGGAGUGACCUCCAAGGAGACUGUUUGGGCACUCGUACUUUCAAGCUCCCAAAUCCCAUGUAUUUCAUUUCUUGAUGAAUUACCUCAUCAACCUUUUUUUGGCUAAUUAAUCCUUCUAUAUAAUUCAAGUAUCCUACCUCUCAAAUGGUUGUUAUUGGUGGUCCAAAAUGAUUUCUCCCCAAUUUGUACUCAGCAAAUUAUGCUUAAUUUGGCCACUCAAUUAAUUUAGAGCUUUUCCUCAUUAUUAGCCGUA